AUGGACUCAAGAACCUGCGACGAGUUGCCUCAGCUCAUCAAGCGAGCACUCAGAUCUCCCACACAUCAAGUUGACCCGGAACGGAUUGAGCUUGUCCAACCGCCUCUUUCCUUUCUUCCACCACGAUCCCCUCUCCAUCCAUGGCUUGGACCUUCCCUAGCUCUUCGGCAUCUCCGAUUGUGUCGAGGCAUGCUGCCACGCCCGACGGCCGAAGGUUUCAUUGGGGGUGUAUAUACUAGUCUUUGCUCAUGGAGCGAGCCUGCCGAAGCACAUGAAAUGCUGCCCAAGCACAUAACAACGAGUGGACCGAAUGGAAUCAUCACGGCAUGCUCCAAUGAUCGAAUUAUGUUUAGGCGGAGCCGCGGAAGUGGGACUUUUAUUAUUUUACUCUGCCUUCAGGCAAGGGACGCUGGUUUGUAUCUUCGAUGCAAGUAG